AUGGACCCAGGUAGAGUCUUGCUGUUAUUAGUUUAUGAAUUAAGUUAUAUACUUAAAGGAAAGUAUUUCAUUUUGAGAAAAAUAGGAUGCAAAAUAAAGUCCUUAUUAUAGUGUCUGAAUUGGUAUCGAUUUUCCAACAAAACAAACAGCAAUAUUACAGACUUUGUGGAAACAAGGAUUAAGCAUGCUGAUAGCUUCAUUUUUAUCAAUAAGUGACUAUUUGAUAUUUACAAACCAUAGAAAUCGAGAAAAUGAGAUUGUUUAAUGCUGUGAAAAACAUUGGAAGCUUACUGGCGGCCGAAUUUUAACAAAAUUUCCUCGGCCGUCAUUCAACGUCGUGCACUAUUCCAAAGUGUCAAGUCAGAAAACCCUUCGGUCGCCUUACGGCGCUAUUCAGCGUAUCUUUGUUUCUCGUUUUUUUUACAUCGAAUUAGAUUUUUUGACGUAAAAAAACGAAAAAAAAAUUCUUUUUUUCCCAGCCUGAAUAACCCCAUUACGAUUGCAAUUGUAUUGCAUUUAUUGCUUUAUAAAAAUAAGAUAAAAUACUCCGUGAUGAAGGCGGAUUGUAUAAAUGCAAAGAUUUGGGUGAAUGUGGCCGAGAAACAAAAGUUUUGUGAAUCAUGAGUUUCCGUUUGCAAGUAUUCUCUCAUAGGGCACUGCUUCUCUUUCUUUUCUCUCGUUUUGCGUGUUUCUUAUCUUCAAACGACUUUCUAAAACUGGGCCGCUGCGCGGUCCAAGCCGAUGCUCGGAAGCGGCUUCGCCGCUUCUUUGUUUCUCAGAACCGUUUGAAAGUUUUGUUCAUUUCUCAAUUUCUCCGUCAAUAAUUUUGUUAGAAAUGAAAAAAACUGGAGACGGACAAACGGAGAAAUGAACAAACAAGAAAACAGACGGACAUACCCGUGAAGACUUUUAUACAUAAAAAUAAUUUUCAGAUUUGUUGAUGGCAGAGUCGAGCGAUAUUCCGACUGGGACUUACACCUUAACUCUAGGUAGUUCAUUCGAUCCACAAAAAGGAAAACGAAGCGAUCAGGUCCCCGGUCAAUUCCAUACUUUACGAUGUCAGAACUUGCAAUUGAUCUUUCUUUUAGUUAAAACGAAUUGUUCAGAUGAUUUCAAGCCUAGUUCGGUUUCAAACGAAGCAGAAACGUACAUCGCCUACGGAUCUACUGGAGAUGUUCACGUAAGAUAUCCGAUCCACUAAUAUACUUUUUUUUCUGUGCUUUUUGAAGGUUUCGGUUCCCAAUGAAGGAGAUAACAUGACAGUUUACAAAGGAUCGAAAAAAGAGGCGAAGCCGAAAGAAUGCUUGCUUUUCUUUGAUAAGACUACUAAUAGUGUUCGACUGGAGAAAAUAACCAGUAAUAUAAACGUGAAGAAAACGAGGUUAGUUCCUGAAAAACAACAAAAUUCAACAAAAAUUUUCAAGAGAUUUGGACCCAGCAACCGAACAUGCUCUGAAAAAAGGUAUCGAAAGAUUGAGGACUUCGACACGUCGUUCUCCGACAGCUCCGGCAGUGGAUAUGACGAAAAUUCAACAUUCGCCGGAUUCUUCCGAUUCGAGUAGUGACUCUGAUGGUUCCACGGGUUCGGAGAGAUCGAACUCAAGCGACGACGAAGAUGUAAGUGCUCUCCUUGAACAAAUGCAGAGCAAACCUACGUCGGCUCCAACCUCUGCUCCAGUCACAGCUCCGACCUUCGCAUCCUCGAAUUUUGAAAGCAAGUCUCAAUACAGUACAACGGGUUCCUCAAAAAGCAAAAACAGGGGGUAACUUUCUCAAAGAUAAAAUAUACCUGACGAAUCAUAUUUUCAGUGACUCAGAAAAAUAUGGUUUGGCUCUCAGCGAAAGCUCCGAGGAAGAUUAAUGUGUCCAUUACUCGUAUAUUUUACAAAUAA